GGUUAACCUUCGUGACAGGUCUAUUCGGCCAUCAGGAAUCAGGGGACAAUGGGUAUGUGCCGCAGUGUGUUGAUGCAUGAUUGCGGUGGGGUGCGUUGUGUGCCAACUUCGUGAUCUGUGACGCUGGUUCACUGUGCUAUUUUGAGUGUCAAAGGUGUCGCGGUGAUUCAGCUCGGGCUCUCAAGCGGGCAAAUGAGCACUGUGCUUAGACAGUCGGGAAGGCUCCCGCGGAUCUGGCUCAGACCUUUGGCCACUCUUGCGAGAGACAACGUGGACUUGGAAUUUCAGGAUCACCAGGCCGCGUUUAGAAGCAAGACCAAUGCUGAACUCCUGCGAGGUUGUCUCGUUUUUUCUGUCUGCGCCGUGCCUGCAAUCGUGGCAAAAAAUAAAAGUAUCAUGAAAUGGACAAACGCCGUCCUUGGAGACAAGCUGUUCAAAGCAGCAAUGAAGGCUUCAUUCUACGGCCAUUUCGUGGCAGGGGAAGACCAGGAAGAAGUCAAAGCAGUUAUUGCCAGGAUGAACUCAUUUGGUGUGAAGGCCAUCUUGGAUUACUCGGCCGAAGAGGAUCUUAGUGAGGAAGAAGCAAAAGCGAUGGAAUUGGCGUAUCAGCCUCAUCAGUCUUUUUUGGACCGGCGGAAAGGUGUAAUUGGUGCGCGAACCUUUUUCUAUCGAGGAGAAGCGCAAUGUGAGAAGAACAUGGAGAUUUUCCUGGAUUCCAUUGAUGCUGUUGCUUAUUCCACCCAGGGAACUGGUUUUGCUGCUAUCAAGCUUACUGCUUUGGGGAGGCCUCAGUUAUUGCUGAAGCUUUCAGAGACCAUUGCGAAAACACGGUGCUAUGUUAGGGAAGUUGUCGGUAUGACGCCAGAUUCUGGUACUCCAAUUAUGAAGCUGGAUGUUGACCCGCAAGAUUUCGAGAAAAAACUUGAAGAAAUGAGCCCUGUGAAGCCUGAUGUCGUGAGAGAGUUUGCACAGCACAUGACGUAUGACCAGAAAGGGUUAAUUCAUUUAUUCUCCUGGGGAGGUUUACUGAAUGAUGACGUCCUGCUUUUGGAUGCCUUCAAAGUUCCAAGUUUGGAAUCCGGGAAGAUGGUACCCUUGAUUGGUUCACUCACCAACGAUGAAGAACAAAUGUUUUCCAAUAUGAUGACGAGGCUAAGGACAGUUUUCGAGUAUGCAAAAGAGCGUGAUGUCAGAGUGAUGGUGGAUGCUGAACAGACUUACUUUCAGCCUGCGAUUUCCAGAUUGACCGUUGAAAUGAUGAGAAAAUAUAACACGGAAAAGGCGAUUGUAUUCAACACUUACCAGUGCUACCUAAAGGACUCUUACGACAAUCUCGUGUUCGAUCUGGAGCAAGCAAGGCGACAGAACUUUUAUUUCGGCGCGAAACUUGUGCGAGGUGCUUACAUGGAUCAAGAACGUGCUCGUGCUAAAGCAUUGGGUUAUGAAGACCCAAUCAACCCGUCCUAUGAAGCCACUAACCAAAUGUACCACAAAUGCUUGCUGGAGGUUGUCAAAAGGGCCAAGGAGUUUAAAAUGACUCUGAAGGGCAAGCCGAACAGAGUUGCUAUCAUGGUGGCUAGUCAUAAUGAAGAAAGCAUUCGGUUUGCUGUCCAACAGAUGAAGGAGUUCGACAUUCUGCCAUCAGACAAGAUAGUUUGUUUUGGACAACUCUAUGGAAUGUGUGAUCAGGUUUCAUUCCCACUUGGCCAGGGAGGCUACUCGGUGUACAAGUAUGUUCCCUAUGGUCCAAUCCUCGAGGUGUUGCCGUACUUAUCUCGCCGGGCAGAAGAAAACAAAGGUGUUCUCAGUAAAGCCCAGAAAGAGAGAAGGAUGCUGCUUAAAGAACUGUUUCGAAGGAUCUUGACUGGUCAGUGGUGGUACACACCAGAAGGCAACUACAAGCCAGCUUGAAUUCGCUAGGCAUUUUCUAUUUUCAAGCUUCUUCGAUUUGUUUGGUCAAGGGUUAGUGAGUUUUUGAUGUGAUCCAAGACUUUUGCUAGACCACGAAGUGCAACGCCUUUGUGCUUUUUGCGUA